CUCAAAAUGUCUGCGCUCUACUUCAAAAAGCUACGAAAACAGCAGAAUCCCGACGUUUCAAGCAGCGAAGAUUCGGAUUCCGACGAGGAAAUUCCAAAAAAGAAGCAAAAGCAACAAAAGCCUGUCGCCGAGGAAUUCGAUGAUUUCGUCGUUGACAGAGCCGUACGUGAAGAAGCGCCAAAAGAAGGAGCUUUUGAGGCAGUUGACCUGCUCGGAACAUCCUAUUUGGAGCCAUAUGAGAUGGAUAAGGACUUGCAGGAGCUUCUGGAAAAGUCAGUUGUCGGGCCGAAGUUUGAAGGCGAUCAUCAGCCUCAAAAUAGGCUUUUAGGCCGGAAUGCGGCCGCCAGGCUGAAGAAAUCAGAACGCGAAAAAACCAAAGGAUCCGCUUGGUUCAACCUUCCAGCGACGGAGCUCACCGAUGAGCACAAACGAGAUUUGGAAUUCCUUCAAAUGAGAUCAACUCUCGAUCCAUUGGCUCAUUAUCGUCGAAAUGACCGGGCUGUACUGCCGAAAUACUUCCAAGUUGGACGAGUCGUUGACGCUCCAGAAGACUUUUAUUCGAGUAGAAUGGUGCGAAAAGAGCGAAAAAAGACGAUGGUCGACGAGAUUUUGCAUAAUGAGGAAUCGUUGAGCAAAGCCAAGAAAAAAUACGCUGAAAUUCGCCAAAAAGAGCAAUCUAAACGACGUGGAGCAUUCCAAAAAUUCGGAAAUCGCAAAUCUCACAAGCAACAGAGAGAAUCAAAAAUGAAGAAUAAGAAGAAAUAAUUUUUUUUUGUUAAUUUUUUGAAUUUUCACAUUUUUUUUCUGGUUUUUGUUGGAAUUUUCUUGUUAUAGACUCGUUUUUUUGUU